GCAUGCAACUCAGCAGGAGACUAAUAAAACCAUCACGACUAGCACCAAAGCCAUCAAGCAGCUGUCUGAGGUUGUCAGAGGCUCAUCCAGGCAAGAGCGGCUUCAGCUGGACAGGCUGAAAAACCAACUGUCAGAUGCCAUCCAGAGAUACGGAGCUGUGCAGAAGAAAAUAGCAGAGAAAUCCAAAGCUUUGCUUCCUACUGGGCAGAGAAGUACCAAACAGGGCCCUAGGACCCCCUUCUCUGACCUACCUGAUGAUGAGAAGAUCUUUAAUGGCAGGGAUGGCAUGUGGCAGAACCAGAACCAGGAUCAAGCCUUGCUUUCGGAAAUCACAGAAGAGGAUCUGGAGGCCAUCCGUCAGCGGGAAGAGGCCAUUCAGCAGAUUGAGAGUGAUAUGUUGGAUGUGAACCAGAUCAUUAAAGACUUGGCCUCCAUGGUGCAUGAACAAGGAGACACAAUAG